CAUCGGGCUUCGCUGCGAAUUGCCCAAAUCAAACUUCGGAUUUGGAGUGCAAUCUUCCUGGGUUCAGGAACGGGCAGCUGCACCUGGACUAAGACAGGCACUACAGGGUCAAAGCGGGAAGGACCCCUGUUCCCUAGCCCACCCCAAGAAGCUAUUGGGUGGAUCAUCAUCUAAAUCGGGCCUGGAUCCGCAGUCUCACUGCCAAUCAGAGGAAAGUGCCAGUGAGCUGACCUGGGGAAGGAGACGACAGCAAGGGGCAUCUUUGGAGCUCUUAUUAAAAGGAAGCUUCUCCCGACUUCCGUGUUCUUCGAAGCUAUCACCUCUCUUCUUCACUCUUCAACCGUCAUACUUCCACGAUUCCAUAUCAAUUCGUAUCACUUGCUUCGAACCAAUCUUCCUCGUCCACUCCAAUAACUCUAGCAUUCAGCUAUUAAUCACUACAAUGAAGGCCGCUAUCUUCCUCGCCGCCGCCGGUGUUGCGGUUGCUCAGAACCUCUCUGGUGAACCUCCCUGUGCCACUUCCUGCAUUGCAUCAGCCAUCACCGCCGCCGGCUGCGAUGCCAAUGACCAAGGCUGUGCCUGUGGCCCGACCCAGACCGCGAUCGCCGCUCUCGCCGCGCCGUGUCUUAUCAAGGCCUGCACUGCUGCCAGCGACCUACUGGCAGCCCAGUCUGUCGGCGCGGAGCUAUGCGUCGAGUACUCCGCCGGCCUGAACGCCACGGCCACCCCUACGGGCGCCGGUACGGGAUCGGGCACCAGCGUGAGCGCAACCGCGACAGGCACCUCGGGAUCCAGCAGCUCCGGGGGGUCGGGCACCACGACGGGCAGCGGCUCCGCCCCGACGGGAGGCAGCAACUCUACCGUCACCUCCGGGCAGCCCUCUAACACCAAGUCCGGCAGCCCUAGCACCGCGGAGAGCCCGAGCGGCACCAACGAACCCAGCGGUACCAACACCGCCGGUGGCGUCCCCACCGAGAGCACGAACCUCGCCGCGGCUGCCAAACCGCUGGCGAUCGGGGCCUUGGCCGCACUGAUGGCCGCCAUUGCUGCCCUCUAAAGCGGCAUCGGAACAGGUUGAACAGGCAGGAGAGAGAUGGAUGAGAGAUAGGAUUUAUGUCGACAUGUCGGAUAUGAAACGAGCCACGGGGACCGACCCCAAAACCUGGCUUGUUUAUGAGGAUUGCAGGAGCUCUCGAUUUCGGUUUUGCUGUUUUCCUUCCGAUCCUACCGGGAAGGGGUUGUGGAAAUGGGAGAAGAGCCUGUUUCGUGGUUGUCUUCGAUCCUGAACGGGACUGACUUUGGCGAGAAUAACGAACAUCUCGAGUUGAGAGUGAUAAUAUUAAUUAAUACAACCCUCUCUCCCUUUCAAUGGCAUGCGCUACUUGCUUCC